GGUCCCUCUCUCUCUCUCUCUCUCUCUCUCUCUCUCUCUCUCUCUCUCUCUCUCUCUCUCUCUCUCUCUCUCUCUCACAGGUGUAAUCAAAAUGUUAGCUUCUCCCAAAGUGCCCAGACGUGACUGGGAGCGCGGGGCAGAGGGCGGCACAGGACCUCUUCUAUCGCGAUCCGCUUUAUACACGAUGGACGCAGACACUCCCGCUGACCUCCCGCUGUUCACCAAGCUGUACACUCUGGCGCAGGUGCUUGGCAUCCUCAGCGUGGUGUUGGUGGGCGUGUGGGUGGGAAUAUUCCGCGGCGGCUUUGGAUGGACCGCCUCGCCUGACCUACAGUUCAAUUGGCACCCUUUCCUGAUGGUGCUUGGCCUGGUACUGCUCUAUGCUAACGGCGCCCUGAUCUACCGAGGCUUCCGUUCUGAGCGCAAGAGGAAGCUGAAGGUGGUGCACGCGGUGGUGAUGGUGGGGGCGCUGGUGUGUGCCGUGGUGGGCCUUGUGGCGGUGUUUGCCUUCCACAACACUAAAAAAUUUGCUAACAUGCAUUCACUCCACUCCUGGAUCGGCCUCGCCACUGUUGUGCUCUUCGCCUGUCAGUGGCUGGCUGGACUCCUUACCUUCCUGUUCCCCGGCCUGCGUUCCAGCCUGCGCGCUGCCUACUUGCCCAUCCACCAGUUCUUUGGCAUGUUCAUCUUCGCUGGGGCUGUCACCUCCUCGCUUAUUGGACUCUCUGAAAAGGCUACUGCAGUAAGUGUGAAUGCCGGAGUAAUGACACCCUCGGAGAAUGUGCUGGUGAACGUGACAGGGUUGUGUGUGGCAGUGUUCGCUGGCCUGGUCACUUACCUCUUGUCUCAGCCCAAGUUCAGGAGACACACUACUGAGGAUGAGGUGCUGCUAACUGACACUGUGCUGGAGUAAGAGGAGGAGGAGGAGGAGGAGGAGGAGGAGGAAGGAGG